UCGGUUGUUGUCAUCAAAGCGCUCAGAUGGGUCAAAGCGAUUCCAGUUUUGCCCUCCUCUACACCUUGUGGCGUUAGCUGGAGAUGCUGACAUCACUUCAGCACUGUGUUGACGACACACCUUCAGUCAAGGAUGUUGUCUAAGGAGAUUUUGCAAAGUUCGCGGACUGCUCAGGCUUCUGUCACAGAUAAUCGGGAGACUUGGGGCAAAAAGGUAGACUUUUUGCUUUCGGUCAUUGGGUUUGCUGUCGACUUGGCGAACGUGUGGAGAUUUCCUUACUUAUGCUACAAAAAUGGCGGCGGAGCUUUUCUGGUACCUUACUGCAUCAUGCUCAUCAUAGGCGGUAUUCCUUUAUUUUAUAUGGAACUGGCCCUGGGACAGUUCAAUCGGAAGGGAGCCAUCACCUGUUGGGGUCGCUUAUGUCCGCUCUUCAAAGGAAUUGGAUACGCUGUGGUUUUAAUAGCAUUUUACGUGGACUUUUAUUAUAAUGUUAUAAUCGCCUGGGCCCUCAGAUUUUUCUUCGCUUCGUUUACCAAUCUGUUACCGUGGACCACUUGUGACAAUCCUUGGAACACACCCAACUGCCGACCGUUUGAUUUCCCGUCAAGAAAUUUCACCGAAAACAAUAAGACGGAUUUGUUAGUUCAGGCAAAUUCAAGGGUGGAUUCUAGAUUUGCUUCGGCCGCUUCGGAAUAUUUCAAUCGAGCCAUUCUUGAACUUCAUCAGAGUAAGGGACUUCAUGACCUGGGUGCUAUUAAAUGGGAUAUGGCGUUAUGUUUGUUAGCGGUUUACGUUAUUUGUUAUUUUUCGUUGUGGAAAGGAAUAUCUACGUCAGGAAAAGUUGUCUGGUUUACGGCACUUUUCCCGUACGCAGUUCUACUUAUUCUUUUGGUUCGAGGAAUCACUUUGCCGGGGUCUGCAGAAGGAAUAAAGUACUACUUGAAUCCCAAUUUCAACGCAAUAUCUUCGGCCGAGGUUUGGGUAGACGCUGCAACCCAAGUAUUUUUUUCUUUAGGUCCUGGAUUUGGCGUUCUUUUAGCUUAUGCGUCUUACAACAAAUAUCACAACAACGUUUACAAAGAUGCACUUCUAACGAGUGUUAUUAAUUCGGCAACUAGUUUCAUAGCAGGCUUUGUUAUAUUCUCUGUUUUGGGUUACAUGGCCCAUGCAGCUGGUUGUUCAAUUCAAGAAGUAGCAACAGAAGGUCCCGGCUUAGUAUUUGUAGUUUAUCCAGCAGCCAUAGCUACGAUGCCUGGCAGCAUAUUCUGGGCUCUCAUAUUCUUUAUGAUGCUUUUAACACUUGGUCUUGACAGUUCUUUUGGUGGAUCCGAAGCAAUAAUCACUGCACUUAGUGACGAAUUUCCUACAAUUGGUCGUCACAGAGAAAUCUUCGUAGCUUGUCUCUUCAGUUUGUACUUCCUAGUAGGUUUAGCUUCAUGUUCGCAAGGAGGGUUUUACUUUUUUCACCUAUUGGAUAGAUACGCAGCCGGAUAUUCAAUGUUGUUUGCUGUGUUCUUUGAAGCUAUUGCUGUUUCUUGGAUUUAUGGCACUCAACGAUUCUGCGACGAUAUAAAAGAUAUGAUUGGAUUUGCGCCUGGCUAUUAUUGGAGGUUUUGUUGGAAAUUUGCAGCACCUCUUUUUUUACUUUUUAUAAUUGUUUAUGGAUUGUUGGGGUAUGAACCGCUGAGUUACGAAGAUUAUACCUAUCCAGGGUGGGCAAACGUUUUAGGAUGGAUUAUUGCAAGCUCAUCUGUUGUUAUGAUUCCCAGCGUAGCAGCCUUUAAAAUAUUAACCACACCUGGUCCCUUUUUAAAGCGUAUACAGAUUUUGACAACUCCAUGGAGAGAUACGCAGAUUAACACACAAGUCAACGGAGUUGUUCGAUCAGAAAGCAAUCAAGUGCGUUUAGCUUCUCCAGAAACCCCACUUCAACCUCCUUCUGAGGUUUGAGGACCACUCCUUGGAUGUAAAUUUCAAGAAUAUUAUGUGUAAGAAAAUUUAAACCAAGUUAUACGACAUUCAAAACUAAGGGCCUACAAGUUUAUAUCAAACGAAUGUCAUUUUAUUGUUUGCAUCACUUUGAUCUUUGAUAAUAUAACAGGAAUGCACUGUUUGUGUUUAUUAAAAACAGUACCUUGAAAGUUUCCUUAUAUGUACCUACUUAACAAGUCUUUAUAUGUUUAAAUAGUUAAUAAAAUAAAUCAAUUUUUUUCUUGAUGGUAUAAUAAUAGUUAAAACUGUGAAUAUAAUAAUAGUAGGAAAUACGGCUUCACAAAUAUAGACGAUUUUGAGCUUCAUUUUAUAAAAUAGAGAAAAGAUUCGUGAGUGAAAUAUGGCAAAAAUAGAGUAAUCGGAAUGCCAUAAAAUACAGCUUUUUAAUUAACUUUUGGUAAAUAAAUUAUUGUCGUGACAAAUUGUAAUUAUAUGUUACAAAAAAAAUAAUAGUUGCUAGAAGCUUUAACACGAAAAUAUUAUACAUUCAUAUGUAGAUGUGAGUAUUUAUACAUACUUUUCGCACUUAUUAAUCAAUUAAUGAAAGAUGAUUAGACAGCCAUCUAAUUAUCUUUAAUUUUAUUACCGCAGUUUUAAAAUGUAAAAAUUUGGAAAUUUUCUCCCCAAAAGUUCAAAAACAUUAAUUUUUUUCUUGAGUUGAUAUGCGAAUGUGACGGCAGGCAGGAACAAUACAUAUAUUACGCAUUUCAGCAUGAUUCUGAUUCAAAAUAUUCGGAUCGAAAAUGCGUGAAAGAAUUGUUUUAUGUAGUUGCCUUUGAUCCGAAAUUUUUUAAUCAACGUAAGUGUAAGAUACGUGUGGUGUAAAAUGUCCGCCAUUUCUAAAAUGAUGAACAAAAAAAUUAAAUGCUUAAUUGUUGUAACGCGGGAAAAGGUAAUAUCUAUAUAUUUGAGUUUUUCGAAAUUUUAAGUUUAGGCGAAACAACUUCUGUUCAUAGUGUAAUGAGUUUUGAGUUGCAAAAAUAUAAUCAGAGAUCAAAGUGUGCCAAUUUUCGUAUACUUUCUGAAUAAAAUUUUGUUAGAGAAAAAUAUCUACUAACAGCCAUUAGUAGAUACGAAUGUGAAGACGUGUUACUUAUAUGUGUACCUACCGCAUUUAUAAUUUUAUUUUUCCACAUAAAUACAACUCAUUGAAAUAUUUUAUAAAAUGUUGAGGAAACGUUUUUGUAUACUUUUGUAUGUUUUUAAUAGGAUAAUACUUAUUAAAUGUUUAGCCUAAAAUAAAGAGACGAUCAAACAGCCAUGUGAUCAUCUCAUAAAUUAAAGUUAGUACUUGUAAAUAAAAAAAGUGUAAUAAUUCUUAAUGCACGUUUGAUUGUAAUGAAGUUAAUUUUAACGAGUAAUAUGUGAAAUUAUCGAUAUUUUAUUAAAAAUCUUUCACUAAAUGUUAUUUAAGAACAUAAAGUAACCGGAUUAAAUCUAACAGUAGUAGUUUCACUUAAUUUUUAUCUGUGUAUUUAUUUUUUAUUUUCUAAUUUGUUUAAUUUUAUAUUAAAGUUUGAUGGUGAUUUUAAUAAAUCAGAAACAUAGUUUAAUAAAAACUCUGUGACGUAAGUGUAGUUCUUAUGACAGAUUUGUAAAAAGCAGGUUAACUAAGCAAUAAUUUUAAGAUUGUUUGUAGCAGCCAUUACAAACAAUAAUUGUUUCGUUGAAAUUAAUUUUUAAUAAA